AUGAGCAAGUACACACUAUCAUAUGGGUUUUUACCGCCAUCUAACAAUACAGAUACCACUCAUUUAUUACCUAUCACCUCAAUAACUAGGCUUGAUUCUACAGUAAUAACUGCAGGGAGAGAUGGUAAUGUUAUCAUUGAGGAAAGCCACACGAAACUUGCGGUCCAUAGCGAUUGGAUAAGUGGAAUUGCCUGCCUCUCUGCCACCAAAUUCCUCACUGUUUCACACGAUUUCACUAUUUGCUACAACUGGCAAACAACUGCGUGGAAUCACAGAAUUGUGGGCUACCAUGAUGAUUACGUGAAAGGCAUUGCGCUAAUUGGAUUUCAUGAUAUGAAGUGUAAGUUUGCUACUGUGGGCCUUGAUAAGAAGUUAAAGAUAUGGGAACUCGACCUCUUUGAGGUUGAAAACGAGGAUGAUGAGGAAGCUAAGCUAAUUGGUGAGUUUGAUAAUGCUACCAAGCAGGAUGCAGGUUCUAUUUAUUGUGUGGCAGCCACAGAGAGUACUGUGAUUUUCGGCGAUAAUGACGGUAGACUAAGAUGGUACGAUGUGGAAAACAACAGGUUGAUCAGAAGUCUCGAUGAUGCCGCUUGUGUAAACCUUAAGACUUUGAAAAUCUUAGACGAUAACAAAACAGUUAUGAGCACUGGUGCUGAUGGAAGUGUGAAACUUUGGGAUAUUGAAACAGGAAAAUGUCUCAAAACAAGAAAACUUGAACAUGCGAUAUGGUCAGUCGAAGGUAACUCUUCCGGCAAUUUAUAUCUCGGCGACUCAGCUGGUAAUAUCUUAUUACUAUGUCAUGACAAAGUUUCCUUUAUUUACGAAAAUAAUCAAGAAGAAAAAAGCUAUAGAUCCGGGGGCAUUCUGGCAAUGUCUAUUAUUGAUGAUGAAGUGUGGUUUUCUAACUCUGGCAACUCAAAUCUCAAUAAAUUGAACUUGAAGACAAAGGAGCUCAAAGUAAUACAGGGUGGACAUGCUUUGUUGCGUUGUUCACUUUUAACAAAUCGUAGACAUGUUAUCACAGAAAAUACUCUGGGUUCUCUACAGAAAUGGGACAUCGUGUCUUGCGAGCUUGUUGAAAAUAUUAGCAAAGAUGAGGGAACAUUUGAUGAAGUUGUGCGUAAGAGAAAUCCCAAAGAGGUUCUACCUCAUUGGUGUACUGUUACUAUAAAACGAGGCAUCCUUUUCGUUAAGAUUAAUGAACGAUUUUUGAACACCGAAGUAUAUGGAAGCGCGUUAACUGAUUAUGAGAUUGUCAAUGCCGAUAAGGCAGAUGACAUUAAUUUUGAUGAGAGAUAUAAUUUAGGUCGAAUUGCGAUAAAUUCCUUAUUACAUGGCUUCAUAGAGUACGAACUAGCAAAGGAUAGGAAAUUCAGGGAGGAGAAAACUGCUAUAAAAAAACAGACGCCUCCAUCAACGCCAAAUAUCCUGCGUAGACAUAGUUCCAUGGUUCUGGAACAUACUGGAUCUGAACAUAAGGAUAAGAAUAAAGAGAAGAGGCGGUUGUCUAUAUUUACAAAGUUCACUCAGUCCAAUAAUACGACACCUCAGAAUUCUGCCCCUAAUACCCCAAAUGGCAUGAUGGAUACCCACCAAGGAAUAAUCGAAGAAAACGAAAGUGGUGCCAUGCCCAUGAUGUUACCAGGCCCUGCUACCGCGCCUAAUAACUCUAUUAAACCUAUACAUAUACCGCUUUCAAGGACGACCACCGAUCACAGUAUGGAGAGAUCGGCAACACCCUCUAGUACUUUCGGAUUCCAUAACAAGGUUUCAAGAAUGAAAUUCGACACUGGAAGCACGGAGGAUAUUCCUAGCUCAUCAUCUAUUGGAAAUGGCGAGGUGAAAUUUAAGUUCACUUCAAGGAAUUUCUCAAGUGGUAAUUCCGCGGAAACGAAAAAAUCAGGUUUGUUUUUAAAUGAAUACAUUGAUGAAGUAUAUCAGUCGUAUUUGAGACAGCCACCAAACUCUUCGUCAUCAUUUAUGAAGUUUGGGAAACGUAUAGCAGACACUCUCUUUAUUCGAGACUCAACAAGACCAGUAGUGAAAAUCAAAAGUGGUUGCAUACUCACGGUUAACCACUGGAGGGAAGGAUCUACAGGAGAGACCAUUUCCUUCUCCACAUACCUUCCACCACCAACAUAUACAUCCAGCGACUUGGUUGACAACUUCUCAACCUACGAGUCUCUCGAAAAGCACCUCCCAAUAUGGCUCGGCAAGAUCUUGUUCAAGGAGGACAAAGUCGUUAAGAACUACCCUAAGAUAACAUUCAUCAUCCAACCCUGGGUUGACACAGAAUUUGAGUCUUCUGAAGAUAAGGAGCAUGGCUCUCAAUCAAAAAAAUCUGGCUUUUACAGAAAAAUCAAACCCCAUGAAUCUCCACUGAUGCUUCCAAAGAUCAAUGACGCUAAUGUUCGAUUAACCGCCGCUGAAAUGAUAAAAGCAAAGAAAGUUAAGCAGUAUAUAGUCGACAGGUUCGAAACAAGAACACCAGAAAUGAAGAAUAAGGAAGACCCUAGUGAUUGGCUUGAAAUUUUAUGCAAGGGCACCGUUCUCGAAAACGAUAUAACCUUGAGUGCUAUCCGUACUCUGUACUGGAAAUCAAACACUGAUAUUGUGCUUGAAUACAGGCGCAAGAACCCAGUAAGCUCCUAG